AUGGUAAGUUGUGGUAUCUAUCCUUUUUUUGAGUCCAGAUUCUCGUCUUCCGAUGUAAAAUCGGUUUUCCGUCACCCAUUGAUCCGUGGUUCAUCCACCGGCCAUUCGCCAGUCAUCGGACAAUCCUUCAAAAAGAUCGUCUUCGGAGCAAAGAACAUAUCAAAGGCAUUAAAAACGUUCAAUGUCAGAUCCAGAUGGUUUUGUGGGCGAGGACUACCUCCGCAAGUAACAGUCCAAUAG